AUGGCAGAACGGCCCGAAGACCUGAACCUGCCCAACGCUGUCAUCACCCGCAUCAUGAAGGAAGCCCUUCCUGAUGGAGUAAAUAUUUCCAAAGAAGCCCGAAGUGCGAUCUCGCGAGCUGCCAGUGUGUUUGUGUUGUAUGCCACAUCAUGUGCCAAUAAUUUUGCAAUGAAAGGGAAAAGAAAGACGCUGAAUGCUGCAGACGUCCUCUCAGCCAUGGAGGAAAUGGAGUUCCAGAGAUUUGUCGUCCCCUUAAAGGAAUCCUUAGAAGCUUACAGGCGUGAGCAGAAAGGCAAAAAGGGAGCCUCAGAGCUAAAGAAAAAAGACAAAGACAAGAAGGGAGAUCCAGAAGAUCCUGAGAAGAACCGAGGCGAUGAGAACGAAGAGGAGGAUGAAAGGAUGGAGGAGGAGGAGCAAAACGAGGAGGAGGGGGAGGAAGGGGACAGCUAAGUCGCUUAGGAUUUCAGCUCUGGGCAGCCCUAUUCCACCAUCAGAACCAGCCGUGAAGCAGAAGAGGCAAUAUGGUUCCUGGUCUGAGACUGAGUGGGGAUCUGAACUUUGGUUGAACCCCCAACACCACCUGAAUCUCUGUGCUUUUCCUUCAUUGCAGUGCUGGGGGUGAGCUUGCACGUGGAAACGGGGGCACACUGGAUCAAGUGGUCCUAAGAGAGCACUGCAGACUUUGGAGGAGAUCCUGGGUCAGUUACUCUACUUGGAGUGUCUGCAGGUGGAUUCAGUGCUUCUGCCCACAUAGGUUCAUCAGGAUAUCAUUACACAUGUCAUUUAAUUUUUAACAA